UCGUCGAUUUUGAGAAAAUUCCCAACAAACAGUUGACGGCAAUGCCGGCUAAACAUACUCCAACAUGCCUCAGCGUGAGCCCGAAAGGAGUGGUCCGGCACCAAGGUACCAAUUCCUCCGUGUGACGCCUUCCUUUCUGGCCCCAUUAAGCCUGCAGUACUACGUCUGCGCUCUUACCCCGGCUUAUCGCCAGAGAUGCUACCAUCUUCAAGGCAAACGGGGAAGCUAAGAUGGGCGAGUUAAGGUAA